AUGACAUCUCUCGCUGGUGAAUUUGCAAUGAAAGAUUUGGGUCCCCUCACUUAUUUUUUGGGCAUAUCUGUCACUCGUACUGGCAAUCGCCUGUUCCUGUCUCAACAAGCCUAUGCCAAAGAUAUUAUUCAUGGGGCUGCUAUGGACUCUUGCAAGCCCGUUGUCACCCCUGUUGACACCAAUUCCAAAUUGGGGCACACCUCUGCCCCUCCAUUUAGUGAUCCCACAGCUUACCGCAGUCUGGCAGGUGCCCUUCAGUAUCUUCCUUUCACCCGCCCAGAUAUAUCUUAUGCAGUUCAGCAGAUUUGCAUGCAGAUGCAUUCUCCUACGGAAGCUCACUGGAAUGCUCUCAAGCGUAUUCUUCGCUACCUUCAAGGCACAUCCGAUUAUGGCUUGCAUCUUAGUCCUGCUCCUGAUUUAUCUCUCCUGGCCUACACUGAUGCCGAUUGGGCCGGUUGCCCGGACACUCGCCGUUCUACUUCCGGUUACUGUGUCUACCUUGGGGACAAUCUUCUUUCUUGGUCCUCUAAACGUCAGCCCACUGUCUCUCGCUCUAGCGCUGAAGCUGAAUAUCGAGGUGUGGCAAAUGUCGUUGCAGAAAUUUGUUGGCUUCGAAAUCUCCUGCUAGAGCUCAACCGUCCUCUUUCCCGAGCCACCUUGAUCUACUGUGACAAUGUCAGCGCAAUCUACUUGUCUGGUAAUCCGGUUCAACAUCAACGGACGAAGCACAUUGAGCUAGACAUUCACUUCGUCCGUGAGCAGGUACAACGGGGGUGCGUUCGAGUCUUACACGUACCAUCCCGACAUCAAGUUGCCGAUAUCUUCACAAAAGGCCUCCCUCGCAUCCUCUUUGAUGACUUUAGAUCUAGCCUAAACAUUCGGCCACCGAACGUCUCGACUGCGGGGGUGUAA